CGUUUCCUCGACCGGCGCGAGAAGACGUCAGGCUCCCGAGAUUCCUGUUCCCGCCACCUCGCUGCAGCCUCCUCCGCGCCCGAGCGGGGUCGCAGGCUCCCGAGCUCCUCCCGCACCCCGUCGCCGGCUUCCCUCCGCGGCGCGACUCUCAGGGCCAAGAUGAGCCUGUUUGGAGCAGCCUCCGGGUUUGGCACUGGGGGAGCCAGCAUGUUUGGCAGCGCCGCUGCAGAUAAUCACAACCCUAUGAAGGAUAUUGAAGUAACAUCCUCUCCUGAUGAUAGCAUUGGUUGUCUAUCUUUUAGCCCACCAACCUUGCCGGGGAACUUCCUUAUUGCAGGAUCGUGGGCUAACGAUGUUCGAUGCUGGGAAGUUCAAGACAGUGGACAGACUAUUCCAAAAGCCCAGCAGAUGCACACUGGGCCUGUGCUAGAUGUCUGCUGGAGUGAUGAUGGGAGCAAAGUAUUUACGGCAUCAUGUGAUAAAACUGCCAAAAUGUGGGACCUCAACAGUAACCAGGCGAUACAGAUAGCACAGGUAGUAAAAACUUACCCUCUGCAGGAAGGCUGGGCAAGGCUGGUGCCCUGGGUUGCGAAGAUUCCUUAUACAAUAAUUCUCUACUAUAGGAAAGAUGCAGUUUGACCAUUCCAAAUCAAUUAGAUUUAAAUAUACCAGAAACCCCUGCAGCACAAAAAUGACACCAAUUUUGUACACGUUCUCGUUUUAAUUAGUGUUUCAUAAAUUGUUCUGUCCUGGGUCUUCCGUAGUGUGUGGAUGAGGAGGGCAUAAUAAGGAGCUAGUGACUUUAAAAUCUGUAAAUGGUACAGCUCAUCCUCAACGUUCUGACACCCACGUGUGGCUUGCCUUGUGCCAACUGUAUUUGGUCACACAUUCAUUCGACAAGUCUCUAUUGAAUGAAUGCCUGUGAUACUCCAGGCACUGUCCUUAGGAGUAGAGAUACAGAAGUGAGUAAGAGGGACCCUUCCACAUGCCAGGAGCUUUUACAGUCUGCUCGGGACAGCAGGCAGGUUCUGUGUGAAGACUGCUAAGAAAAGCAGAAAUGAGGAAGAUGAGAGAACCUGGAACCAGAGGGUCUGGCCCGGUGAGGAAGAGCCUCUCGACACUGAGACAUUUUCAGGAAGGUGUUGCGUACUGUGAGAUCGCAGUACUGUGUGUUAGAAGCGUCUCCUCAGUCUCUUAAUGGGUGUCAUCUAAGUGAUACAACUGUGUUUGGAGUUCCCUAUGAGUUAUUCCUGAGUAUCUCCCCCUUUCACUCUCACGUGCUAGUUAAC